GCCACACACACAGGCACAGACUAGAAGAAGAGUGUUUUACUGACAGCAGGCGGGGCUCUUUUCUGUGUGCACUGACAGCAGCUCGGCAGGGACUAACAGACCGCACUGCCAAGGUGCCUCUUUCCCUGCACCUUAUCAAGCCGCACACCUUUCCUGGUGUUUUCUCCUGAAUCGCUGAACAAAGGGCAGGUCUACGGGCAGCAUCCUCUCUCUCUCUGUCUCUCUCUCUGCACAUGCACCCCUUUAACCUGAUGACAUUUUUGCAACCUGUUUACUACCAGACAAGGAGGGAUUAUUUCCAUUGAGGAUUAUCAAGAAACUGAGGGAAAUGGGUUUUGGGUUUUUUCCCAGGGAAACAGAUGUGUUUGCCUAUAGGAGAUACUAAAAAAAUCUAAGACCAAACAUUUUUUUUCCAGAGACGCUGGCACAAGAAGGGUGGAGCCCUGGCAUUUCUGUGGAUACAUACCUGUGAGAACCUUAACUUUAUAUUAUUGUGUGCCUCUGUAUUAAAGAUAGAAUGCAGUACUAGUGUUGCAGUUCUGUUGUAUUCCUUUGCUGCCAAUGUAAUUCAAUAACCCCAAGCAUCGUUUCACAUAUAUCAGUGAGCCUACCUGCCUGCUGCACUGCUGUCAGAUGAAAUAUGUAGAAUAACCCCAUAGAUUCUUUAUUUGGUGACUGAAGCUCUGUUUCAAUCAUGCAAUAUCCUUUCUCCACCUCAUUUUCCUUGUUUUCAGUCUGGACUUUAAUAGUGAGUGCUGUGAAGCUACAAGAUGGUUUGAUGAAUCCAGAGCAUGGCAAUAUCGUGGGCACACGUUGGUGUCAUGGUCUUCAUUCAGCCGCUGGCAAAGUUUACACAAACAAGAACUCCAAAUACACUGUUCAUAGGAACUUUUCAAAUGAAAUGACCUUAAGAAAACUUAUCUGCCAUAUUAGGCUACCUGGGAAAGACAUUAAUCCCACAGGACCUUUAGAUCUGGUAUUAAAUGCAGAGAAAAAAAGAGACUCAUUAGCAGCACUGAAUAUGCAAUCUAAAACAAUUCUGCAGGAGCAUGGAAAGGUGAGAAACUUGGCUGUGGAAACCAGAUCUGAUAGGCAGAAGGUUGCACAGGAAAAUGUGUAUAAUAUUACACCAAACAUUCAUGUUCGCAGAAAGAGAAGGGGAACGAUUGAACUUCAGUUGAGAGAAAACAACCAGAGCACAAACAUAACCUCAAAUAUAAACAAUUUUUCAACCGAUUUCAAUGAAACUCAGCUAAGUGAGAGAACUGCAAUUUGGACUGAUCCACAAGCGUUGCCUUUAAAUGCCUCUGUCCCUUUUCUAACCAAUGAUCUUAAAGUAUUUUCCGAUAACAUGGACAUUAAUCAAGCUUUGGUACCAAAAAAUACCUCAAGUAAAAAAUUGCAUAUAAAGAAUCCCUUUUACCCACUAACAGAAGAUUCAUAUGGUGCCUAUGCUGUCAUGUGCUUGUCUGUCAUUAUCUUUGUCAUAGGUAUUAUGGGCAACAUGGCUGUUAUGUGUAUAGUUUAUCACAACUACUAUAUGAGGAGCAUAUCCAACUCACUUUUGGCAAACUUGGCAUUUUGGGAUUUUCUGAUUAUUUUCUUUUGCUUACCAUUGGUAAUAUUUCAUGAACUUACCAAGAAGUGGCUCCUGGAGGACUUUUCUUGCAAAAUCAUACCAUACAUUGAGAUAGCUUCCCUUGGAGUGACCACCUUUACAUUGUGUGCCCUGUGCAUUGACCGAUUCCGUGCCGCCACUAAUGUACAGAUGUAUUACGAGAUGAUUGAAAACUGCACUUCAACAACUGCCAAGCUGGCUGUGAUAUGGGUGGGCGCACUAGUCCUGGCACUGCCUGAAGUUGUCCUUCGACAGUUAUCCGUAGAGGACACAGGAAUGAAUGGCAGGUUUUUUCGUGAGCGAUGUAUUGUGAAAAUAUCCACUGAACUUCCUGAUACAAUUUAUGUGUUGGCUCUUACAUAUGAUGGUGCAAGAUUGUGGUGGUAUUUUGGUUGCUAUUUUUGUUUGCCUACUCUUUUUACAAUAACCUGCUCAUUGGUCACAGCAAGAAAAAUAAAGCGAGCAGAGAAAGCUUGCACAAGAGGGAAUAAACGUCAGAUUCAGCUUGAAAGUCAAAUGAACUGUACUGUUGUAGCCCUAACCAUUUUGUAUGGAUUUUGUGUAAUCCCUGAAAAUAUCUGCAAUAUCGUAGCAGCUUAUAUGUCCAAUGGAGUGUCAAGGCAAACUCUGGAUCUUCUUCAUCUCAUUAGCCAAUUUCUUUUGUUCUUCAAAUCGUGUGUAACCCCUGUGCUCCUUUUUUGCCUCUGCAAGCCUUUCAGUCGAGCCUUCAUGGAGUGCUGCUGUUGCUGCUGUGAUGAAUGCAUUCAAAAGUCCUCAACUGCAACCAGUGACGAUAAUGAUAACGAAUACACUACAGAACUGGAACUUUCCCCAUUUAGUACAAUACGCCGUGAAAUUUCCACAUUUGCAUCAGUAGGAACCCAUUGUUGAAAAUAUCCGUUCUCAAUGUACUUGUACAAAAGUCCGUGGUACACAUUUGAAAUGUUUUUAGUGUUAACUUUUUUAAAGAAACACUGUACAACAAAUGUUUUAGACAUUUUUUUAAUCACAGUAGAUUUUAGAACUUCUAACAGGGUAUGUUUAGAAAGAAAAAAAGAAAGAAAAACACCAAACUUGUUUUCUGCACCUUAAUUGGCUUGUUGCUAGCUAUUUGAUAAUCACAAAUGUAAACUUUUGGAGAGAUUAUAUUAAAAAGUAGGUAAAAUUAUAUACAAAGUAGUUGCACUGAACUUUGAUAUUGGUUCUAACAUUCCAAAAUAGCAUUUAAAUAAAUUCUUUUUGGUCACUAUUUUUUUUAACAUUUGCUGUUCAAUAUUUUUUUAUCGAGCUAAAUGAACGCCAACUUUUUUUUAUGACCCCAAAUUGUGUUCCUAAAUCAUUUACGGAUUUACCGUAAUUCAUAGAAAUGGACAUUAUUUUGUUAAGCAAUAAAUAAUAAUUUUGUUAAGCAUUAAUAAAGUAAUGAAUAUGUUACAAAUCAGAUGAUGGGACCACAGUCAGGGCGGAAUUUAAACAAUUAGAAAGAGAUUAGUUGAACAUAUCACUGAGACUAUUUUAACUAUAGUACACUUUAUAAAUAAUGUGACCAUUCUACAUUUCUUUAUCAAACAGAUAUGGUGUACUUUCUGCACUUCAAUUCACUUUUAAUAAAACUUUUUAAAAAUA